AUGGAAGUUAAAUAUCAACAAAUCAAACAUCUUAAUAAAAAGUAUUUAAUUCAAAUGAUUAUACUUGAAAAAGAAAUUAUUGUUGUUAUACAAUAUAAAAACAGUAAUGAAUUAAAUGGAUUAUCUUUAUCUCAAAAAACAGUUGAACAACUACCAAGUACAACACAACUUUAUGGAGAUGUUUUAGAUUCAGACUCUCAAUCAUUGUCACAAUUAUUUUCUAUGAAAUUAAAAAAGAGAGUGACAGUUUCAUGUAAUGUUACAUUUGAUAUGUUUGAUGAUUCAAAAGCUUUUGUCUCUUCACAAAUACUUCAAUUUCUUUCUUGA